AGGGGUUUGAGCGGUGCGACGCGGCCACGUCGGACGUUUACUACUCCGAGGAGCUGCUGAGCGAGGCCGCUUGACAACAACUCAGAUCUGGACCAACGGGUCGGGCAUCCAGUAGACCGCCGAAUCUAGUCUCCCGCUGCCCUUACAAAAUAUGCUCUUUCCACCUCGUGCUGACGGCGUGUGUGCAUGUGCUGUUCCCAGUCGUAUGACGGCCCAGGAGGAUAGUGCGGUCCUAGACGUUCUUGUGAGGAUGCACAUCGAGAAGCUGGUCGAUUUCAGCCGGGCUCUGGCGUCACCCCGUGGGUGCCCUAAACCGCAUCGCCUUGAGCAAGGAUGCUUUGGACCGGCCGUGUCCUCCAUCAAAAUGGCUUCCAUCGACAACCUCUUCCAAGCCGGCAUCUAG